AUGAAAUUCAUCAUUUUUAUCGUAGUCCUCGUCGCCUUGAAGUUGGCCGCCUAUGCCGUGAAUGCCGAAACUAGAGAUGCCAGAAAUCUUCAAGCUGAAGGUGAAUUGAAAAAUGUUGGUACUGAAGUCGAAGCCCUUGCUGUCCGUGGUUCCUACUCCUUCGUUGCUGAUGAUGGCCAAACAUACACCGUCACCUAUGUUGCUGAUGAAAAUGGUUUUCAACCCCAAGGUGCCCAUUUGCCCGUCGCGACGCGUCGCCCCUGA